GUCAGCUCUGCCGUGCACGGUCCACGCUUGUCCCAGGAAUCUUGGCCCAACCGCUGCAGCGCUUCCGGAUGACUUUCCCCUAAACACUCUGCUGACCGGAGUAAAGUAGAGAGCCCAGGGCCCAUUGAAGUUCCGAGCUUGCAGUGAAAAAGAUGGAGUGGGCCUGGCUUGAGUAAGGGGGCGCGGUCACAUCGGGCAGGAGGCAAGAACUGGGAGGCGGAGUCGGUGAGAGGGCGUGUCCACCUGGAGAUGGGCGUGGUCUUAUUGGCGCUGAGCUGGGCCAGGGAGUGGACAGAUAGGCCUGGAGGGUGAAGGGGCGUGGCUGUGUGGCUGGAGACUGGGUCCUCUGUGCAGGGAACUGAGGUUGGGUGGUUCAAGGCGGGGCCUCAGGAGGGGCCUGGCGCGGGGGCGGAACAUCUGGCCGCCUGGUUAGUCUCCACCACGUUGUGUCUCAAUUCCAAUUGUCUUGCGCGCCCUUUAGUCGGGUCUCACCAGGUGCUUCUCUCUGCUGUCCUCGCCCCAAGACCUUGCCCCUGGCCCACCGCCCCCCCCCCCCCAGUUUCUGUGGGACACCCUCCUCCCGCCCUGCGCUCUCGGACUAGAGUCGCUAACUUCCUGCGUGGCAGAGCAGGUGUUCCCAGAUCCAUGAGCUCUCUAGGGGAUCAGGUACGGGACUGGCAUCAGGGCGUACUGGCCGUGGCACGAGAAGACUGGGACCGUGCGCUAUGCCUCUUCUCAGACGUUCGGGAGCCGUCGGCCAAGAUCUACUUCAACAUGGGCUGCGUGCAUCUGAUGGCCGGGAAUCUAGAGGCUGCAUUGCAGGCAUUUGACCAAGCGGUGACCAAGGACACCUGCAUGGCUGUUGGCUUCUUCCAGCGGGGAGUGGCCAAUUUCCAGCUGGAGAGGUCCCAGGAGGCUGUGUCUGACUUUCAGCUGGCCCUGGCACAGCUGAGGGGCAAUGCUGCCAUUGACUACACCCAACUGGGUCUGCACUUCAAACUGCAAGCCUGGGAGGUCCUAUACAACAUGGCAUCAGCACAGUGCCAGGCAGGGCUCUGGACCAAGGCUGCCAAUACUCUAGUGGAGGCGAUCUCCAAAUGGCCAGAGGAAGCCCGAGAUCCCCUGGACACUGCCCUGGACCAAGUGCAGAAACAGGUACCCCUGCAGCUGCUGCAAGUCCCCAAGGGUGAGGUCUUCCAGCCUCCCAGGCAAUACCUACAGCAUCUGGAGCCCAUGGAUUUCCUCGGCAAGGCUAAGGUGGUGGCCUCUGUCAUCCCUGACAACACCUCAGACGGCUGGCCUCAGCAGAGGUCCCACGUGGCGCAAACUGGCCAUCAGUCUCCUCCAUCCGUGGAUACGAGGAUCCUGAGCAAUAGUGGUGGUCACAUGAGCCGUGGUCCAUGCUACAGUUUGCUGGCCUCUGGAGGGCCUGACCCAGGCCCCUCUAAAGACUCCUCAGGAGCUGGGGGAGCAGCUGCAAAAGACCCUGCAUCCUUGGUGACGGUCACUGUGCAGUGCCACUUUACUGUGCCCCUGGAGGCCCCAAGAGGCGCUGACCUGUCCAGUCUCCGGACACUGCUGGCUCAAGCCCUCCUUCACCAGGCCCAGAUGGGGCAGCUCAGUUACCAAGCCCCAGGAGAGGAGAAGUUCUGGAUCCCCAUCCCCACGGAGGAAUCCCUGCAGAGCGUGUGGAAGAAUGUGGCCAGGGGCCCAAGCGGGUUGCGGCUCCAGUGCCGGCCCACCCUUCCGCCACAGGGAGCCUGGGGCCGACCGGUGCUCUACCAGGUGGUCGCUCAGCACGAUUACUCAGCCCAAAGGCCUGAGGAUUUGGAUUUCCACCAGGGGGACACAGUGGAUGUCCUGUGUGAAGUGGACGAAGCUUGGCUGGAGGGUCACCGAGACGGCUGCAUUGGCAUUUUCCCCAAGUGCUUUGUGGUGCCAGCUGGUGCCUGUGUGAAAGCCCCACCAGCUCGGAAACCCAAGCCAGAAGACCAGCGCUAGCAAUAAAUAUUGUGACAAGACCA